CAAAUUAAACAUUUAACUUGAAACAUAGUCUUUUCUCACUUGAGUUCCAGGCGUUUGGUGACUGAACGUCAUUGUACACUGGAUUUUCGACAAGAUGGAACCCAAAAAUGUUGCACAGCUUGAACUGGCGGCGGUUUCCGGCUUCAACGAUGCCGUCCACCAGUUUCUUGCCCACUUUGAGGACCCCAGCAACAACACCCCCGGGCGCCAGACUCACAGCGCCAUCCGAUGACACGCUCCUCAGUUUUUGAGAAACUGAUCAUGGCACAGAUCAAAAACUCCGUCAACGUCACCGUGGACCUUCACAGUACGCCUACAGGCAGAACCGUUCCACUGAUGAUGCUGUCUCAUCAGUGGUUCACCCACCUGGAAAACAAGAACUCCUUCGAGCGCCUGCUUUUCCUGGAUUUCACCUCCGCCUUCAACAACAACAUCUCACAGACCCUGCUGCCAAAGCUGGACAUUCUACGGCUCAGGCUAUCACUGGGGAACUGGGUCCUGGACUUCUUGAUCAAUAGACCGCAGACUGUCAGGAUCCACAACAGCGUCUCCUCGUCCAUCAGCCUCAGCCUGGCGCCCCUUCCUUUUCACUCUACUGACCUACGACUGCUUCGCGAAACUCCCGAGUUAUCAUAUAAUGAAGUUUGCGGGCGAUACAGCAGCAGUGGGACACAUCACGGACAAUGAUGAAUCCAAGUACAGAGAGGAAGUAGAACAUCUGGUGGACUUCCCACCACCACUGACAUCUUCACCAGCAGAUGCCGAAAGAGGGCCCUCUGCAUCGUCAAAGAGUCAACCCAGCCCACACACUCGCUCUUCCAUCCUCGCCCCUCGAGCAGGAGGCUACGGAGCAUCUGGUGCAGGACCACCAGGCUGAGGGACAGCUUCUUUUCAGAAGACUGUUAAACAGUGCUCUGUAGCCCUGACAUGAAGCCUAUUCCAUUUGUAUUAUCACUGCGUCCACAUCCUCGCUGCAUUUGCAUCUUCGUACACACCCACAUCUGUAGAUAAGUAUUUUCUCUUUUUCAUCUUAUUUUAUUUCAUCUUAGUUUCGUAUUCUAUUUAAAUUACACUGGAUAAGUCUCUGGAUUCAUUAGACUAAUCUGAUGACUGGUAUACUAUGCAUGUACUGUAAAUAAAAGUGUAAUGUGAUUUAUUAAAAAAAACAAAUAAUGUUUUGAAAUGAGAAUAAGUGAAGUCAAGCAACAUGAUCCGUGUGCUUCCCUUUGUUAUUUCAGGACAAGUACAUUUUGGCAUGAGACUUCAUCCGGACAAAGAGCACCUCAUCUACCCUCUGGGAUGCACCGUAGUCCUGAGACGGAUCAAAGACGCCAAGAGGGUCUUCCUGCACGGUCACACCAGCGAUGUAUCCUGCGUCUCCAUGUCUAAAAGUGGGGUGUAUAUUGCCUCUGGACAAAUCAAUUACAAUGACUUUGAGGCCGAGAUAAUCGUCUGGGACUACGCGGAGCGAUGCCUGUACACUAAGUUUGUAAUCCACGAAUCCAAGGUGGAGGCGUUGGCCUUUUCUCCCAAUGACAAGUAUCUGGUGUCCCUCGGGGGUCAAGAUGAUGGAAGAAUACUCUUGUGGAACCUUACGACCAAGCAGGCCAUCUGCUCGGCUCCAGCGUUACCUUUGAGUUUGUGUCACCGCCUCACCGUCAAGUACUCCAACACCAACGACAACAUAUUCGUCUCUGCCGGCAGGGCAACAUUGCAGCUCUGGGAGCUGGACGAAUUCAACAAGAUUAAGCCUACAGACUGUAAGAUGCGCAAGAUGAAGAGGACGGUGAAAUGCAUCGAGUUCGCACCGGACGAUGAGUUCAUUUUCUGCGGCACUUCUAGUGGAGACAUCUUGAAAAUCAACACCAAGACAAUGACUCUGAACGACUACGGUCCCGUGAAAACUAAACACAGCCUGGGGGCCAAUGUACUAAAGGUGUUAAGUACGGGUGAACUACUUGUUGGGUCCGGAUUUGGCACCUUGACACUGUGCUCCACGACCAGCUUCAAAGCUCUCAGACACGUGCAGAUGAACAACGGGGUGACCUCCAUCGCUCUCAAAGACGACGGCCGCCACUUUUUCGCCGGCACGGACGCGUCCGAGAUCUACUGGCUGGAUCUGAAGGACUUCAAAGCCGAGCUCGUAUCCACCAGUCACCACGGCGCCGUCAAGGACGUCUCCAUCGCUUUCGGCUCCUCAGAGUUGUUUGUCACCGGGUCAGAGGAGGACAUCAGGGUGUGGCACAUCGACAAGUCCAAAGAGCUGCUGAGGAUCCCGGAACCUUGCCUUACCUGUCACUCUGUAUACCUGAUGGUUGACGGACACAGCAUCAUCACGGGGUGGAACGACGGGAAGAUUCGCGUUUUCGCCCCGCAGAGCGGCCGCCUCAUGCUAAUCAUUCACAACGCGCACCGGAACGGCGUGUCGGCCAUCAAAGGGUCCACGGACUGCAAGAAGAUCGUCAGCGGGGGGCAAGAGGGAACGGUUUGCGUUUGGGAGCUGCUGAAGCACGGCCACCGACGGCUUGCGUUCUUGACGGAGCACAAAGCCACUGUCAAGUGUGUCCAGAUCAAGAGCGAUGACAAGGAGAGCGUCACUGCCAGCAUGGAUGGAACCUGCAUCAUCUGGGACAUUGUAAAAUUUGUGCGGAUUCGGAAGAUAAUUACCAAAAACUCGUCAUUCAAGACCGUGUGCUACCACCCUGAAGAACACCAGAUUGUCACCAGCGGCACUGACAGGAAGAUCGUCUACUGGGACGUGCACGACGGGACAGCGAUCAGAGAGCUGCAGGGCACGCAGACGUCGGCCAUCAACUGCAUGCACAUCUCCCACGACGGCAGAUUCUUUGUGACAGGCGGCGAUGAUAAGCUGGUGAGGGUGUGGGACUACAUGAACGGGACGAUCACCCAUGUCGGAAAAGCUCAUGGCGGUGGAAUCACCAGCGUGGAGAUCUGCUGCAACAACAGGAUCCUCAUCAGCACCAGCUCGGACGGAGCCAUCAUGCGCUGGAGGUUCCCUCACCCGAUCUUGGAGUGAUUGAGUGUGUCGAGCCAGACGAGCAACACUCGCUACACUGCCCUGAGGCGUUGUUGUAUACAUAAGUCACCGAGAACUAGAAUGGACUAACUCCAGGGUCUACUUCCAAGCAUGUCACCUGGUGUGUUUUUUUUUUUUUUUUUUUUUAAAUCGCUGUAACGGGUACGCUUGCACUGACCAUCCGAGCGCUACGUCGUAAUAAUUUCAAUUAGAAAAAUUUCUCCCUGGAGGAGAUCAAUAAAAUAACCUGAACCUGAAUUUCCGGUUUUGUGGUUAUCAGAUUUUUUUAUUUUCCCAUCACAUUGCUUUAUUUCUCCUGAUACCAAACAAGCUUUGAAACUGUUUACGCUUUAACUUGCAUCAACGUCCACAGAAAUAAUAUUAUUUUUCUUUACAGAUAUUAAAAAGAGUGCUUCGUGUUGGAAAAAUGUCCCUUUUGUCAAAAUGUGUAUACUUCAAAUGUUCAACAAUAUAACAUAAUGAGCCAUCAAACUGUGUGGCUCAGCUGGUCCAUAUGUCUGCUGUCCCUCCACCUGUCUCAAGAUUCUUAUUUCUCAUGCAGAGCUGUACAGGCGAUGUAAAGCGACCUUGACAAAAUAUUUGCAACGUGUAAACAAAAGUUUCCAACAUGUCGCUAAAUGACUGCUUCUGCUCCUUUCCAAUGUGAAAAUGUUUCCGCUCACAUUGCUUGUUUGAUGGAAAUAAAGUGGCUCGGUUUCGAGACCGAAUCGUUAGUUAAUAACGAUUUUGUAAACUAGCUCUUCUCUUUUUCUCUAUUAGUGGAAGCAAUGUACAGCAACUGCUUUAUUAAAAGAAAAAAAAAACAACCUCAGGGGAGUUUUGACUUUAGCAACUCCCCUGUUCACGUUCCUAAAAGGCAACCGAACAAACUUCUAUAAAAGUUUACUGAGCAGAUUUAGUACAUUCCCCUUUAUUAUGUACUGCCUUUGUGCAUUUUCCAACAAUAGCAAAGUAAGAGCAUUAGGGAAAUUACGGAAACGUCGGCCCUGACUAUCUGUUCCAAUAAAUCAGCAUAUCUGGCCCACUAAAUUCAAUCUUGGGGCGGCGGUGAG